ACUGCGCAGGCGCAGUCGCCUCAGGACGGUCCCCGCCUUUCCGACCGCGGGCUUAACACGGUAGCGCCGGCGCACUGGCGAGCUCCGUUCACACGCUCCGCGGCCUGCAGGCGCCGCGAGUUCCGGCUGUCCCCGUCACCGCCGCUGCUCCUGGAGGUCGGUUGCGACGAGUAACGGCGCCAGGACGAGCUCCGCGCCUUCGUUUCCGAUAUGUACCCGAAUUGGGGCCGGUAUGGCGGGAGCAGCCACUAUCCGCCGCCGCCGGUCCCGCUGCCGCCGCCGCCGGUGGCGCUUCCUGAGGCCUCGCCGGGGCCCGGGUACUCCGGUUCGACGGCCCCCGCGGCGGCCCCUUCCUCAUCGGGCUUCAUGAGCUUCCGAGAGCAGCACUUGGCGCAGCUCCAGCAGCUGCAGCAGAUGCACCAGGAACAAAUGCAGUGCGUUCUCCAGCCCCACCACCUUCCUCCGCCCCCGCUGCCACCCCCGCCGGUGAUGCCGGGGGGCGGUUACGGAGACUGGCAGCCACCGCCGCCACCGAUGCCCCCGCCACCGGGGCCAGCCCUCAGCUAUCAGAAGCAACAGCAGUACAAACACCAGAUACUCCACCACCGAGAUGGGCCUCCCGGUUUGGUCCCAAUGGAGUUGGAGUCCCCUCCUGAAUCUCCCCCUGUACCUCCGGGAGCUUACAUGCCCCCGUCUCAGUCGUACAUGCCUCCACCUCAGCCACCACCUUCGUACUAUCCUCCUUCCUCUGCGCAGCCCUACCUGCCAUCCGCUCAGCCGUCCCCUUCACAGUCCCCACCUUCCCAACCCUAUCUGGCGCCCACCCCUUCUUACUCUUCCUCCUCUUCCUCCUCACAAUCUUAUUUGAGCCAUUCCCAGCCUUACUUACCACCUUCUCAGGCAUCUCCUUCCCGCUCCUCCCAGGGUCAUUCUAAACCCCAACUCCUACCACCACCGUCCGUUCCUUCUGGGACUAAGACAACUGUCCAGCAAGAGCCUUUGGAGAAUGGGGCCAAGAACAAGAAUGCUGAACAGAAACAAGCUGCUCCUGAGCCAGAUCCCUCUACAAUGACUCCACAGGAACAACAACAAUACUGGUAUCGACAGCAUCUGCUUAGUUUGCAGCAGAGGACAAAAGUGCAUUUUCCAGGACACAAAAAGGGUCCCGUUACAACAAAGGAUGUACCUGAAACCAUAAAAGAAGACGUUCCAGUGCCUGCCACCACUCAAAUGUCAGAGCCUCUUUCAGCUGAAGAGCCCCCAUUGCCACCUCCAAAUGAAGAGGCACCACCUCCGCUCCCACCUGAGGAACCCCAGUCUGAAGACCCAGAAGAGGAAGCUAGGUUAAAACAGUUGCAGGCUGCAGCAGCACACUGGCAGCAGCACCAGCAGCAUCGAGUUGGCUUUCAGUAUCAGGGAAUAAUGCAGAAGCAUACUCAGUUACAGCAGAUCCUACAGCAGUACCAACAAGUCAUCCAGCAUUCACCACACAUACAGACAAUGUCUCUAGAUGUGCAAUUGCGACAUUAUGAGAUGCAGCAGCAACAAUUUCAACAUCUCUACCAAGAAUGGGAGCGAGAGUUUCAGCUGUGGGAGGAACAGCUCCAUUCCUAUCCUCAUAAAGAUCAGCUUCAGGAGUAUGAGAAGCAGUGGAAAACAUGGCAAGGACAUAUGAAAGCCACUCAGACUUACCUCCAGGACAAAGUCAGUUCAUUUCAGAAUGUGAAGAACCAGUACAUGGGGAACUUGUCAAUGCCGCCUCCAUUUGCCCCAUAUUCUCAGAUGCCUCCACCUCUACCAACAAUGCCCCCUCCAGUAUUACCUCCAUCCUUGCCACCACCAGUGAUGCCCCCUGCUUUACCUGCUACUGUACCGCCACCUGGCAUGCCCCCACCUGUGAUGCCACCUUCUCUACCAACCUCUGUGCCCCCACCAGGGAUGCCUCCAUCUCUUUCUUCAGCGGGCCCACCACCAGUCCUCCCCCCGCCUUCCCUCUCUUCUGCAGGGCCACCACCAGUCCUCCCCCCGCCAUCUCUCUCUUCUGGGGCACCUCCACCUGUCCUGCCCCUCCCGCCAUUAUCUUCAGCCACACCUCCUCCAGGAAUCCCUCCCCCUGGAGUCCCACAAGGACUGCCCCCUCAGUUAACCUCAGCUCCAGUGCCACCAGUCUCCAGUUCCCAAAGCUCACAAGUCCCAGAAAACCCUCAGCAAGCACUGCUUCCUACACCUAUGCCUUUUGGUUCAAACCCACCUUCAUCUUACCACCCUCCACCUCAUUCAGAACAAGUGAAUUCCAAACCUCUGAACAAGGCAUUCAGUUCGUUCUCUUCAGAGCCAGGACUUGUGGAACCUCCAGCUGCUCCAUCUCAGUCUGUCUCUACAAAUAAGGACAUGUCAGUGAGGUCAGGUGGACCGCUUCCAGAAUCUCCCAGAAGCAGUUUCUUGGAGGGUCCAAAAGGCCCCAGAUUUGAUGGUCCUCGAAGAUUUGAGGAUUUAGGGUCAAGGUGUGAAGGACCGAGACCCAAAGGGCCUCGUUUUGAAGGAAAUCGCCCCGAUGGGCCAAGACCCAGAUAUGAAAGUCACCCAGCAGAGGGCACUAAAAGCAAAUGGGGAACAAUCCCCCGGGGUCCAGCAUCUCAAUUUUAUAUAACUCCCAGUACAUCCCUAAGUCCUCGACAAAGUGGACCACAGUGGAAAGGCCCCAAAGCAACUGUUGGACAGCAGCAUCAGCAGCAACCUAAGUCACAAGCAGAGCCUCUUUCAGGAAACAAAGAACCAUUAGCAGACACAAGUAGUAACCAGAAGAAUUUUAAAAUGCAAUCAGCUGCAUUUUCCACUGCUGCAGAUGUCAAGGACACCAAGGCGGCUCAGUCGAAUGAGAAUCUAAGCGACUCUCAACAAGAGCCACCUAAAGGCCAAGUCUCAGAAGGGCCCAUAGAGCCUUCUAAUUGGAACCAGAAAACUUUGGAGACUGAAAUGGACAAAGCCCAAGGUGUUACUCGGCCUGUGUUCUUUGCAAAUAAGCCUGUACCUACUCCAGCUACCUUUUCCUUCAAGCUAGAGAACAUAGAGGGAGGAGAAGCAAUAGCAGCAGCAUUUACUGCAGAUAGUAAUUUCAAAGCUUUCGGUGUUAGUUUGCCUCACUCAGAAAACAACCAAGGAAAAAGUCUGCCUCAGACAGACAGCAGAGAAAAUAGAUUAGAAGGCAAUAAAGGCAGCAGCUCGUCUUACAGAGGUCCUGGGCAAAACAGAGUGGAAGGUACACGGGAUAAAGGACUAGUAAAUAGAGACCAUUGCCAGACAAUUAGUCGAGGUCCGGGGCUGGUCAAACAAGAAGACUUCCAUGAUAAGAUAAUGGGUAGAAGAGAAGACAGUCAUGAGAAAAUGAACAGAGGAGAAGGCAGUCGGGACAGGGCGUUGGUGAGGCCAGGAAGCAGUCGGAGUAAAGUACCAGGUAGUCCACAAGAUAGCCAGGACAGUAGUGCUAGCAGCAGAGAAAGGGGACCACCUCGAAGGGCUGGUAGUCAGGAGAGAGGACCUCCUCGAAGGGCCGGAAGUAGAGAGAGAGUACCCUCCCGAAGAGCUGGGAGCAGAGAGAGGGGGCCACCUCGGGGGCCAGGCAGUCGAGAAAGGGGACUAGGAAGGCCAGAUUUUGGUCAUGACAGAGUUCCAUUCAGGACAGAACCAGGAGAUGGUGGGGACAAAAUGUAUCCUUAUCACCGAGAUGAGCCUCCAAGGGCUCCGUGGAACCAUGGAGAAGAGAGAGGACAUGAAGAGUUUCCAUUAGAUGGUGCUCCAAUUGAGCGAGAAAGACUCGAUGACUGGGAUAGAGAGAAAUACUGGAGAGAGUGUGAACGUGACUAUCAAGAUGAUACACUAGAUCCAUACAACAGAGAGGACAGGUUCUCAGCACCACAGUCUCGGUCUCAUGAUGGAGACAGGCGAGGCCCUUGGUGGGAUGACUGGGAAAGAGAUCAGGACAUGGAUGAGGGUUAUGGUAGGGAAAUAGAUAGGGACUUAGACCGAGACGAGGAUCGGAUUAGAAGACCCAUGGAUAUAUAUGAUAGAAAUGUGGAUAAUGAGUGGGACAGAGAUUAUGGGAGACCACUGGAUGAACAAGAAUCACAGUUUCGUGAACGGGAUAUUCCAUCUCUUCCGCCUUUGCCACCCCUCCCACCUCUUCCACCUUUGGAUAGAUACCGGGAUGAUAGAUGGAGAGAAGAAAGAAAUCGAGACCAUGGGUAUGACCGAGAUUUCCGUGAUAGGGGUGAGUUGAGGAUUCGAGAGUAUCCAGAAAGAGGAGAUUCAUGGCGGGAAAAGAGAGAUUAUGUUCCUGACAGAAUGGACUGGGAAAGAGAACGGUUAUCAGACAGAUGGUACCCAUCUGAUGUGGAUAGACAUUCCCCCAUGGCGGAACAUAUGCCAUCCUCACAUCAUUCCUCUGAAAUGAUGGGGUCCGAUGCAAACUUAGACUCUGACCAAGGCCUUGGAGGGGUAAUGGUUCUCAGUCAGAGGCAGCACGAAAUCAUUUUGAAAGCUGCACAGGAAUUGAAAAUGCUUCGAGAGCAGAAAGAACAGCUUCAGAAGUUGAAAGACUUUGGGGCUGAGCCACAGAUGUCUGACCAUCCACCACCCCAGGACUCAAGACUACAGAAUGCAUCAAGACCUGGGAUAUAUCCGCUCCCAGGAUCCUAUAGACCACGCCCUCCUAUGGGUAAGCCACCAGGGUCAGUUGUAAGACCCUCUGCUCCACCAGCAAGAUCAUCUGUUCCUAUGACUAGGCCACCUGUGCCAAUACCGCCACCUCCUCCUCCGCCUCCGCCACCACCUCCUCCUCCAGUUAUAAAGCGAAAACCUUCGUCUAUGAAACAGGAACGCUGGGACGAAGAUUCUUUCUAUGGGCUCUGGGAUACAAAUGCUGAUCAAGGACUGAAUUCAGAAUUUAAGUCAGACACUGCAGCAAUUCAGUCUGCUCCAGUAUUACCACCCCCACCUGUUCAUCCUUCCAUUCCACCCCCUGGCGCAGUGCCUCUGGGUAUGCCACCAAUGUCCAAACCACCACCGAUGCAGCAUACAGUUGACUAUGGCCAUGGCCGAGAUAUGCCUACUAAUAAAGUUGAACAGAUACCAUAUGGAGAAAGAAUAACUCUACGCCCAGAUCCAUUACCUGAAAGGUCAACUUUUGAUGCAGACCAUUCAGGCCAGCGUGAUCGCUGUGAUAGAGACAGAGACCGUGAACCUUAUUUUGACCGUCAAAGUAAUAUAGCAGAUCAUCGAGACUUUAAAAGGGACCGAGAGACACAUCGAGAUAGAGACCGAGAUCGUGUUCUUGACUAUGAGCGGGAUCGAUUUGACAGAGAACGCAGACCCCGAGAUGACAGGAACCAGUCAUAUCGAGACAAAAAAGACCAUUCCUCAUCCAGAAGAGGAGGAUUUGAUAGGCCGUCCUAUGACCGGAAGUCUGACAGACCACCCUAUGAAGGCCCAUCCAUGUUUGGAGGAGAAAGAAGAACUUACCCAGAGGAGCGAAUGCCCCUGCCAGCCCCUUCCCUGGGCCACCAGCCACCUCCAGCUCCACGGGUGGAGAAGAAGCCUGAGUCUAAGAACGUGGACGACAUUCUGAAACCCCCGGGCCGGGACAGCAGGCCUGAAAGAAUUGUUGUUAUAAUGAGAGGAUUGCCUGGCAGUGGAAAGACACAUGUUGCAAAACUUAUUCGGGAUAAGGAAGUAGAAUUUGGAGGACCUGCACCCAGGGUUUUAAGUCUAGAUGAUUAUUUCAUCACUGAAGUAGAAAAAGAAGAAAAAGAUCCAGAUUCUGGAAAGAAAGUGAAAAAGAAGGUGAUGGAAUAUGAAUAUGAAGCUGAGAUGGAGGAGACGUACCGCACCAGCAUGUUCAAAACGUUCAAAAAGACUCUGGAUGAUGGAUUUUUCCCUUUCAUCAUUCUGGAUGCUAUCAAUGACAGAGUUAGACAUUUUGACCAGUUUUGGAGUGCAGCAAAAACCAAGGGUUUUGAGGUAUAUUUGGCUGAAAUGAGUGCCGAUAACCAGACUUGUGGCAAGAGAAAUAUUCAUGGAAGAAAGCUUAAAGAAAUAAAUAAGAUGGCUGAUCAUUGGGAAACUGCACCUCGACACAUGAUGCGUCUAGACAUCCGUUCCUUGCUACAAGAUGCUGCAAUUGAAGAAGUAGAGAUGGAAGAUUUCGAUGCAAACAUUGAAGAACAGAAGGAAGAAAAGAAAGAUGCAGAAGAAGAGGAAAGCGAACUGGGUUACAUUCCGAAAAGCAAAUGGGAGAUGGACACUUCUGAGGCAAAGCUAGACAAGUUGGAUGGCUUAAGGACUGGCACUAAACGUAAACGUGACUGGGAGGCGAUUGCCAGCAGAAUGGAGGAUUACCUGCAGCUCCCUGAUGACUAUGAAACUCGUGCUUCUGAGCCCGGGAAGAAAAGGGUGAGAUGGGCAGACCUAGAAGAAAAGAAGGAUGCAGAUAGGAAAAGGGCCAUAGGUUUUGUGGUCGGACAGACUGAUUGGGAGAAAAUCACAGAUGAAAGUGGUCACCUGGCUGAAAAAGCCCUCAAUCGAACCAAAUAUAUAUGAGACUUAGUUUUUGAAUGGAACCUUAUUCCUCUAAGGUGGUUCGCUUUGAGGUGACCUGAAGCCAAGGCCUCAUGAAGCUUCUUGUGUUUCUGCGUUUCAAUUUUGUUUUGUUUCUACCACUUUCAUUUUUAAAAGUUAUCCAGUAUCCCCAAGAAAUUUUAGAAUCUUGCUGUACCCAAGCAAGAUAUUAAUUUUUCUUUUUAACUAAUUUGGGGAGGGAGGGUUAGCUUAACUGUUGAAGUCAGGUGGGGAUCCUCAGGAGGAUUCCAACAGAGUAUUUCCUCCACUGAACACUGUCACAGACUAUCAUCAUUGCUUUGUGGUUGUUUUUGUUUUUUUACUGUAUGUGACUGGUAGUUGAUUGUACUAGGAUUAAAAACAAUAAACUUUAACCAUAAAGCCGAUGAGAUUCAUGGGCUGUACAGCA